GGAUCACACAUGACCUGCCCCCUGCCAGUCACUUCACUGCUCCAUCUACAUAGCAAUCCUCCAAACACCCUGCACCCGUCCUACAUGACACACCACAGACCGGCGCAUACAGACAGAGAGACAGACAGACAGAGAGGACAAUCAGACCAACAAAGGUAGGGGUUGGACCAUUUGACCAGGACAGACAGGAGUUAGACGAGUAGAGAGAGGAGAGACAGCACAAGGAGGGAAAGAGCGAACAAGGGCAUCUUCUGGUUGUCUUUAUGUUCCUGGAGAAAGACACACACUCACAACACGAGAUGAGUUUAGGAGCAGCCUGCAUCUUCCUGCGUGGGGGAAAGAACACCGAGAGAGAGCUGGCUGAAGACGAGAUUGAAGAGCUCCGGGAGGCCUUUAAUGAGUUCGACAAGGACAAGGACGGCCUGAUCAGCUGUAAGGACCUGGGGAACCUGAUGAGGACCAUGGGCUACAUGCCCACCGAGAUGGAACUCAUAGAACUCAGCCAGAACAUCAACAUGAACCUGGGGGGCCGGGUGGACUUUGAGGACUUUGUGGAGCUCAUGGCCCCCAAGCUGCUGGAGGAGACGGCCGGGAUGAUCGGCAUGAAGGAGCUGAAGGACGCCUUCAAAGAGUUUGACAUGGACGGGGAUGGGGAGAUUACCACAGAGGAACUGCGCCAGGCGAUGACCAAACUGAUGGGCGAGCACAUGGCCGCCAGCGAGAUCGACGCCAUCGUCAAGGAGGCUGACGACAACGGAGAUGGAACUGUCGACUUCGAAGAGUUUGUCCAGAUGAUGUCCCGCCAGUAGGACACCAGUAGGACACCAGUAGGACACCAGUAGGACACCAGAAGACAGGAGAACCCUCAAUCAUCUCAACCUCCUCUGAGCUGCUGAUGAACCACACAGUUUGCAACAGCUCGCCUACUCACACACACACACACACACACACACACACACACACACACACACACAAACACCCACAUACACACACAAACACACACACACACACACACACACACACACACACACACACACCCACACACACACACACACACACCCACACACACACACAAACUUCUCAGGAGAGUUAUCACACCUCUUGCUCAUCAACGUGUAAUUAUUAUUAUCUCAUGUAUUCCUUAAUAUUGUAUUGGAUACUAAGAAUUUAGUGUACAUUGACAUAUCUAUUCAUAUUCAACCCUAAGGGAAGGUUUUAACUUUUGAACUCAUGUAGCUAUGCAAUUUUUUUGUAAAGGGGGAAUGUAAAAGCUCUUGUUAUGAUUCAUCAUAUGAUUUGUAAACUGUACAUUGAAAAAUGAAAGAUUUGUUUUGUAGAUUAUCUCAGAUGGUAUGCAUUUAUUCCUGAUUAAAUUAUUCAAAUUUAAAACGCUUGGAUCACAAUGUCAUGUUCAACACGGUGACAUCACACCUCCUCAGGUGACCUCACAUACCUCAGAGUAAGGCCCCGUCCACACGGAAACGAUUUUUUGGUGAAAACGCAAAAGUCGUGUGCGUUUGGGACGACCAUCCAGACGGAUCCGGUGUUUUCGGUGUCCGAAAACACACUUUUUUGAAAACAGGUUUGAGGUUGAAAAGGAGAAAAACUAACAUUUAGGAUUCGUGUGCACGCCAGAUACGCAAACGAUAAUGUAAUCGCCGUUGCGUUAGAUUUCCGUCUAAAUUGUUUUGAUUUGAUUUGUAUAUUCGUGUAGCUUUCUUUGUAUGCAAAAAAUAAAUCGGGUGGUCUGAUAUCA